AUGGCCAGUCGCAAAAAUGCCUUGACGACGAGAUUCGCUCCGCUCGCGGCGAACGUCAGUCGACGCCGCGCGCCGUCGUCGACUCGCUCGAUGGGACACAAGGGCAAGAGCAAGAGGGCGCGCGAGGGGAAGAGCCGCGGCGGCGACCGCGGCGGCGGGAGCGGGAACGACGCCCCCGCGCCUCCGUCGCCCCCGCGUCCGCACAACUUCGUCCGCGACGCCGGCCCCGGAUGCGUCAUCGCGCACGUCCCCGAGGGCGGCGCGGGCGCGGCAUCGUCGCUGCGUCCUCCGCCGUGGGCGCUCGGCGCCGAGCGCGUCCGCCUCCGGGACUACCCGCCCGGGACGACGUUCCCGGACCUCGCGGUGGACCCGGACGACGGCGUGUUGACGGUCGUGAACGCGUCGGAGUCGCACCGCGUCUUCUACGUCACCGUGUACGACGGCGCGGUCCUCGACGCGGACGGCGCGCCGUUCCCCGCCGGCGCCGCCGUCGACAACGACGGCGCGACGCGCGCGUGCGUGACGUUCAUCCUGAAGAUCCCUCCCAUGGUCAUGCUGCACGCGGCGACGCUGAGCGACCCAAUGCGCUCGGAGAUCGAGUCCGACGUCCAGGACUGGCGCGCGCAUCCCGCGCCCGACGACGCGCAUCGAUCGCUGUGCGGCUUUCCUCUCGGCGCCGACCGCGCGCCGUAUCUGUGCACGCAAGGCGAGGGCGGGCACCUGACGCACUUUUUCGCGGGGAACCAGCACGCGAUCGACUUCCGCUGCGACGAGGGCUGCGACGUUCUAGCGGUGAGGGACGGGGUCGUGGAGGAGGUCGUUCAGGAGAACACGCUGACGGGGGUGGCGACAAGGAACCUGUACAAGUGGAACAGCGUCAUGCUGCGAUGCGACGACGACGACGGGAACGCCGACGCCGACCCUCUGUUCGUGGAGUACGUGCACAUCAAGGCGAACAGCGCGCGCGUGAAGGUCGGCGAUAGGGUGAAGAGGGGGGAUAAACUCUGCGAGAGCGGCGGCGUCGGGUUCUCCCCGGAGCCGCAUCUGCACUUCACUGCGUUUCGGAGUAAGGAGCCGACGGCGGCGACGACGCGGACGCUGUUCGACGGCGGCCGCGCGGGGCCGUACGUCCCGGUAGCGGGGCGGUGGUACGACGCGGGGGGGGAGGUGUGCGUCGACGGAGGAGAGGAAGAGGACGGCCGCGUGGCGACUGAGUAG